GUGACUUCCGCUGUCUUGACGCCGGUUUAUGGUGGUAACAGCCACCCAUUUCUCUCGUGUCACCGGCCACUUUUGGCAUACUUCAAAGCGUAAAAAGUGCGUAAUGGGGGCAGCGAUUAAUUAACGGAUAUUAAAAGAAGCAGCCAUGCUCGCUCAACCUUUGAAUGAGAGCGAUGAGGGGGGGCGGGGCUUGACUCGUCUGUCUCCUGGUCUCCUUUUGGCUGAUAAUGACGUCAGUUUCACACAAACAGGAGUUUCUCCCCCUCCUCUGCGUGCUUCGUAUUCCUCCUCCCCAUCAUUUCUUUCUCAUUCACCACCUCCUUGUAACUUUUCAACUCCUGCUCCUCCCCCACCACCUCUCUCAGUUUCUUCAUGCACUCCUUUUAUUUCACCUUCUCUUUCUGCUCAUUGUUCAGUCUUGCCUGUCAUUUUAUCUCCAUCCUCCUCCUGUUCUUCUCCUUCUGCUUGUCAUCCACAUGCUGCUCCAACUCUUCCGUCUUCAACUGCUUCUGUUUCCUCAUCUCCCCUUUGCUCUCAAUCCCUCCAUUCCUCACAGCCUUCUGUUUGUCAUGUUUCUCAUACUUCUGCCUUCCCCCCUCCUUCACUCUUUUACACAUCUCCACCUCCUCCCGUCGCUGUCUGUCCUUCUUCCUUUUCCCCUACUUCUUUUUCCCAUUUUUCUCCAAUGCUUUCUCCUGCUGCGCCUUCUGUCUUAUCCUCCCCUCCAUCCAGUUUCACUCCUUCACCAUCUUCUCUGCCUCCUCCUGUUUCUCCUUAUCCUCUUUAUACUUCUGCCUUAGUUCAUACUUCUCCAGUCCUCCAUCCUCCCCCUAACCCUCCAGCAUGCUGCUCCUGCUCCUCCCUGUUACCUCGCCUUCUCUCAACUCACCGGUUGGAGAUGCGGCGCCUUCUGCGAGGAGCUUUGUCGUCCAUUGGCCGCCGUCUGGACUCUCUGGAAAGAAAGUCCAGAAGGAGGAGGAAGAGGACAUGCAGACAGGGAGGAGAAGAUCCGGCUCCUGCCAGUACCUCCUUCAACCCCAGCCCCCCAGGAUUGUUGUCCUUGGAUAACGACUUAUCUACAUCUCACUCUGAACAGAGGAGUAUCUGCAGGGAACAGGAGUUGAGGGAGAAGAGGAUAAUGAAGAAUAAUGGCAGUGAAGGUCAAGAAGAGGACAAUGGUGGAAGGUUCAUUGGGCAAAUGAGGGUGUCCGUCAGAGGAGAAGCAGCCAAAGAGGAGGUGUUUCCCACUCUGCAUGAUGUUAGAAGAAGAAAUCAGGGAAGAGUCCGCGAUCCACAGAAGGCUGCAGCUACUGUCAGGCAGAACAGCUACAGCUGUUUGUCUGAGUCUUCCCAGCAUGUCUUGUACCUCCUCCCAUCACCUCGCAGUGGCGUGGACAGCUGCCAGUCAAAAGCACUCUGUGUCUCUCUCAGUCAGUGGCAUUUUUCAGACUUUCUCCCUCCUUUCUCACUUUCCCACAGUCAAACAUUUUCCUACCUUCAGCUUUGCUCCUCCCCUGUUCCCACCUACAUGCGGUGCCUGUCCGCGGUUUCCAUGGAGAUGCUAUCGGAGUUGUUGAAUGCUGGAGCUUUUGGGAGUCCACUACGACCCCUGAAGGACUGGACAGCUCCCCCCAGCCUGAGUAGUGAUCACUGUUAUGUGCAUCAGCCUACACUCAGCUCAACACUUUCCACCCAGCUACAGCAGAAGCAGCAUGUUAAUAACACUUGGAGCUUUUACCUCCCCCAUCGACAGCCUCUUCCUCUAUACUCAGCCAAUGGACCCACUACUGUGUUUCCUGGUGACCAGGCGAAGUCCAGUCCCAAAUUUGUGAACAAGCAUGCAGAGUGCAGCAAACGAGUAUCUCAAAUCCGUAUUCGCAGGGCAACACCACGGGAAACACCACUCACACCAAUGGGUCUUCCGAAGGUUCAACGUUUAAAAAAAAAGGAGUUCAGCUUGGAGGAAAUUUACACAAACAAGAACUACAAAUGCCCCACCACUAACAGGAGCCUGGAGACUAUCUUUGAGGAGCCACGAGAGAAGGAUGGAGUGCUGCUUCUGAUUGGUCAGCAGAGAAGACGUAGGCUUCUUCUCUUCCCUGAUUUCACUCAGCCCAGGAAGAGAAAGCGGCCCCAAGGGGUGGGACUUCCUGUUGCCAAGGUACCCAGAAAGCGUGCAGCACGGCGACAGUGCCAAAGUCACAGUUCUGGUGACAUAGACUCCGACGUGAUGCUGUUGGAGCGACUGAGCGCACUCGAAGACUUCAUGACUCGACAGGGCCUCGACGUUUGAGGUGGACAUCACUUUUGGUCCUCCAGGUCAAAAAAAUAAAAAGCUGUUGUCACUGAGCGAAGUGGGGUGUUGUUAAGAAAUAUAGUGUUGCUCCCACUAUACUGUUACUGCAGUACUCUGUAGUACAGCUGAAUUACAGUGCAGCACUACUCAUGUCUUAUUUGAAAGUAAUAUAUACUGUGAUGAAAAGUUCUAUUUUUGGAACCAAUAAAGUUUGUCUCUGUUCUGUGA